AUGGUUUACCAUCAGGAGAAUAGAGGAACAGGAGAACAGGAGAACAGGAGAACAGGAGAACAGGAGAACAGGAGAACAGGAGAACAGGAGAACAGGAGAACAGGAGAACAGGAGAACAGGAGAACAGGAGAACAGGAGAACAGGAGAACAGGAGAACAGGAGAACAGGAGAACAGGAGAACAGGAGAACAGGAGAACAGGAGAACAGGAGAACAGGAGAACAGGAGAACAGGAGAACAGGAGAACAGGAGAACAGGAGAACAGGAGAACAGGAGAACAGGAGAACAGGAGAACAGGAGAACAGGAGAACAGGAGAACAGGAGAACAGGAGAACAGGAGAACAGGAGAACAGGAGAACAGGAGAACAGGAGAACAGGAGAACAGGAGAACAGGAGAACAGGAGAACAGGAGAACAGGAGAACAGGAGAACAGGAGAACAGGAGAACAGGAGAACAGGAGAACAGGAGAACAGGAGAACAGGAGAACAGGAGAACAGGAGAACAGGAGAACAGGAGAACAGGGAAACAGGGAAACAGGGAAACAGUGGACCAGGGAACAGGGGAACAAGAGAACAUAUAAUUUACCAUGA